AUGCUCGAUCGUGGACAAGGUAAUGAACCAAUCUAUUAUGGUGUUGAUCAACUACAAAGAACAAAUGAAACUCAAUUACGAGAUGUUGAAGAACGACACGAUGAAAUGCGGCACUUAGAAAGUGAUAUAGUUCAAUUACAUGAAAUUCAUCGUGAUUUUGCUGAACUUGUUACUGGUCACGGUCAAAUGAUAGAUAAUAUUGAAUCGAGUGUUGCUAAAACUGAAACUAAUGUCUUUCACGGUGCUAAAACUUUAGGUAAAGCUGUUGAAUUACAGUCAGCAGCUCGUCGAAAAAGAAUUAUAUGUGGUGUAAUUGUAUUUAUUAUAAUUAUUAUAGCUAUAAUUAUUACAGUCGUAGUUGUUGUUACCAAGAAAUCUUAA